AUGUCGCAACGAAUCGGGAAAGCGAUCCGCCGCGAUAACGUCGUCUCCAAAUCCGCCGUCUACACGGACGUGAACGAUAAAAAACCGAAAGAGUAUUGGGACUACGAAAACUUACAAGUCUCCUGGGGAGAGCAAGAUGACUACGAGGUCGUCCGAAAAGUCGGCAGAGGGAAGUACUCGGAGGUGUUCGAAGGCGUUCGAGCGCAAGCGGUCGAUCAGAAGUGCAUCAUUAAGAUUUUGAAACCAGUGAAGAAGAAGAAGAUCAAGAGGGAGAUUAAAAUCUUGCAAAACUUGGCCGGCGGCAUAAACAUCAUAUCGCUUCUGGACGUGGUGAGAGAACCGCAGUCGAAAACGCCGAGCUUGGUCUUCGAGUACGUGAACAACACGGAUUUCAAGGUUUUAUAUCCAAACUUGACGGAUUACGACAUUCGUUUCUAUUUGAUGGAACUUUUGAAGGCGUUGGAUUUUUCGCACUCGCAAGGGAUCAUGCACCGAGACGUGAAGCCGCACAACAUUAUGAUUGACCACGAGAAGAGACAGUUAAGGUUGAUAGAUUGGGGGUUGGCGGAGUUUUAUCACGCCGGAAAAGAAUAUAACGUGAGAGUGGCGAGUCGAUAUUUUAAAGGGCCGGAGUUAUUGGUGGAUUUACAGGAUUACGAUUACGCUUUGGAUUUGUGGUCGUUGGGGUGCGUGUUCGCCGGGAUGAUUUUCCGCAAAGAACCGUUUUUUAACGGCCACGACAAUUACGAUCAGCUGGUCAGAAUUGCGAAGGUUUUGGGGACGCAAGAAUUACACGCGUAUUUGAAUAAGUACAGGAUUGAGUUGGAUCCGCACUUGGAGGCGUUGGUCGGAAGACACUCGAGGAAGCCGUGGAGUAAGUUUGUGAACGCGGACAAUCAACAUCUGGUGACGCCAGAGGCGAUAGAUUUCUUGGAUAAGUUGUUGCGAUACGAUCACCAGGAGAGAAUUACCGCGAAGGAGGCGCAGAAGCAUCCGUUUUUUGACCCAGUGAGAGAUGGAAAUUAA